UUGACUUGCCAUUUGGAACCCACAAUUGGGGGAAAGGGGUGGCUGUGGCUUGGUGCCAUCAGCUUCCUGGGCCCCUAGGUGUGGGGCAUUCUGCGUGUCCCUCCCACCCCACGCCCCUGGAUUCUGGUGGGGUUUGGGUGCCCCCUACCCGUGCCCCCAGUGUACGUGGCUGUCUCCCCUCCCCCCCUCCCCAGCUCCAGCAGUACCCCCGGCUGCGGGAGGAGAUGGAGCGCAUCGUGACCACCCACAUCCGGGAGCGCGAGGGUCGCACCAAGGAGCAGGUCAUGCUCCUCAUCGAUAUUGAACUGGCUUACAUGAAUACCAACCAUGAGGACUUCAUAGGCUUUGCCAAUGCUCAGCAGAGGAGCAACCAGAUGAACAAGAAGAAGGCUUCAGGGAACCAGGUCAUCCGGAAGGGCUGGCUGACCAUCAGCAACAUCGGUAUCAUGAAGGGGGGCUCCAAGGAGUACUGGUUUGUGCUGACUGCCGAGAAUCUGUCCUGGUACAAGGAUGACGAGGAGAAAGAAAAGAAAUACAUGCUAUCCGUGGACAACCUGAAGCUGCGGGACGUGGAGAAGGGCUUCAUGUCCAGCAAGCACAUCUUUGCCCUCUUCAACACGGAGCAGAGGAACGUCUACAAGGAUUAUCGGCAGCUGGAACUGGCCUGCGAGACACAGGAGGAGGUGGAUAGCUGGAAGGCCUCCUUCCUGAGGGCUGGCGUGUACCCCGAGCGUGUUGGGGACAAAGAGAAAGCCAGUGAGACGGAGGAGAAUGGCUCAGACAACUUCAUGCACUCCAUGGACCCACAGCUGGAGCGGCAGGUGGAGACCAUCCGGAACUUGGUGGACUCAUACAUGGCCAUCGUCAACAAGACCGUCCGGGACCUCAUGCCUAAGACCAUCAUGCACCUCAUGAUCAACAAUACCAAGGAAUUCAUCUUCUCGGAGCUGCUGGCCAACCUGUACUCGUGCGGGGACCAGAACACACUGAUGGAGGAGUCGGCCGAGCAGGCGCAGCGGCGCGACGAGAUGCUGCGCAUGUAUCACGCACUGAAAGAGGCUCUCAGCAUCAUCGGCGACAUCAACACGACCACUGUCAGCACGCCCAUGCCCCCGCCCGUGGACGACUCCUGGCUGCAGGUGCAGAGCGUACCGGCUGGACGCAGGUCACCUACGUCCAGCCCCACACCGCAGCGCCGAGCCCCCGCGGUGCCCCCAGCCCGGCCCGGGUCGCGGGGCCCUGCUCCUGGGCCUCCGCCUGCUGGGUCCGCCCUAGGGGGGGCGCCCCCCGUGCCCUCCAGGCCGGGGGCUUCCCCUGACCCCUUCGGUCCUCCCCCCCAGGUGCCCUCGCGCCCCAACCGCGCCCCGCCCGGGGUCCCCAGAAUCACUAUCAGUGACCCCUGAGGAGCGUCAGCCACGGUAGGUACAGGCCUCUCCGCCUGCUGCAUGAACCGGUGUGUCUGCCCCCUGCCGCACCAGCUCCACGCCGCAGGGCGAACCUGGGACCUCAGAGGCAGGCCCCCUCCCUCUCCCUUCUGCAGCUCCAGACUUAUUCUUUCCUCUUUCUGUCCUCGCUGCCAGCUGGCUCUCUCACCUCCCUUCUCAGCAAGCCUCGGGACUCAGUGCCACUGCCCAAGACCUCCAUGGCUGAGCCUGGGGAGGUCUUGGGACAGGCUCCGCACCCAAGCAGGCAAGCCUGGGUGCUCUCUGGAGGCGUCAGAAAGAGCGCAGAGCUCAUGGUUCAUGGUGUUAGGGGCAGGGAGCUUGGCAGGGGCGGGGGGGUGUGUAGGGCUGGACUCGGGCAUCCAGAGGCCUUGGCAUCUCACCCUGGGGUGCCACACUCAUUCCCCGAUCUGAGCCCUGCUGCUGGGGCAGGGCAGCCAGCUCCCAGCCCGGGAGCUCUGGAAACCAAAUCCACGAUAGGGCAGAGGAUGUCAAAGUCCCACCUCCUUUAUCGAGCCAGCAAGCGAGCAGCAGCUGGGGGUGAAGGCUCUGGUUAUUUGAUGAUUUGGGAAAGCCUGAGUGUCCCCCCCACCAUCAGCCCAGAGCACAGCUCGCAGGCCAGGCAGGUCACACCGCCCCUUCCCCUGCCUCCACGGUACUGUCACUCCUGCUGGUGCAGGACUGAAGGCAGCGUCCUCAGCCCCAGGUGGAGCACCGUAGCCAGCCCGCAGGCUCAUCCACCUGGGCCUGUUGCUCCUGGGGGUGACCUCCACUUUUCCGCUAAGGGGAUGACGGUGUCUGCGGACCUGGGCAAGCCAGCUUCUCUGAGUUCCGCCCCAGCUGGGCCCCCAAACUCGCCCAGCGAGCCUGCCUGCCCCUCUGCGCCUGCGCUGACUCUUGCUCUUCUGCUUUUCCCCAGCAGGAAGGGCCCAGCCUCACCUACGCGACCUGCGGUCCCCCGGCCAGCUGAGGCUCCCCUCUUAGACUUAUAAGCCUGUGGCCACUGGCAUCCAGCCGCCUGCCCUCCCUGCCUCCCCAGGGUCCCGUUAGAGGACUCGUGGGCUUUCUGCCCACCCAGAGGGGCCUCUAGCGCUCCCUCCAGCCAUCCUGUUAGCUUUGCCCUCCUGGUUCGAACAGUGUUCUUUCUCCUGUCUUUCUCCAUCAGGCCUGGUGGCUGUCGCUUGGGGCUCACGGCCCCAUACUCCCUGAGGCUAGGGAUGGCCCUGUGCCAGCAGGUUGAAAGACA